AUGGUGUGGUGUCCGAAGUGCGAGGAGGAGGUGGAGGCGGACGUGCACCCGGAGGGCGGUUUCUCGGCAUGCACGAUCUGCGGGCUCGUGUUGGAGGAGGGGGCCUACUCGGCCGACCCCAUGUUCGCCAAGGGCGCGGACGGCGAGUCGGAGAUGGUCGGGGUGCGCGUGAACGAGCGCGGCGAGAUCCGGGGCGCCGGGCGGGGCUACGGGGGCCUGCGCUACGGGUCCCGGCAGGUGGACUCGCACCAGCGGACCCUGGAGCGGGCGCAGAAGCUGAUCGACCGCGUCCUGGACAUGGUCGGGAUGCAGGGGCGCAGGGGACGGGAGGAGGUUGUGGGCACGGCGCACCGGCUGUACCAGCUGGCGCUGAACAACAACGUGACGCGCGGGCGGAGGACGGAGCUGGUUGCGGGGGCGUGCGCGUACAUCGCGUGUCGCCUGGCGGAGCAGCCCUACAUGCUGAUUGACUUCAGCGACGCGCUGCAGGUCAACGUGUACACGCUCGGCGCCGUCUUCCUCGAGCUCAUCAAGCGGCUGCGCUGGGAGGGCCACCACGUCCUGCGCAAGCCCGUCGACCCCUCGCUGUACAUCCACAGGUUCGUGGACGCGUUGGAGUUCGGGCGGGGCCGCGACCAGGUGGCGGUGACGGCGAUGCAGCUGGUGAAGGGCAUGAAGCGGGACUGGAUGCACACGGGACGGCACCCGAGCGGACUGUGCGGUGCGGCGAUCUGGGUGUCGUCGCUCAUCCACGGGUACGAGAAGACGCGGGCCGAAAUAUCAGCCAAGGUGCACGUAGCGGAGGAGACGGUGUCGCGGCGCGUGGAGGAGUUUGCGCUGACGGCGGGGUCGGCGCUGACCCCGGAGGAGUUCACGCAGCGGGGGCGGCAGCUGGACCAGGAGACGCGCGAGCUGCUCGAGGGGCCGCCGCCGGGGGACGAGGACGCGGAGAAGCGUGCGGGCGCGUGCGAGCACGUGCGGAACAAGGAGGCGGCGCACUUUGCGCGCGGGAUGUGCGCGGCCUGCUACCGGGAGUUCGUGGAGCUCGCGGGGUCGGACCGGUCCGCGCACGCGCCGCCGUCGUUCACGCGGAACGUCAUGAAGGAGCUAGAGAAGGCCGCGGAGGAGGACGCGCGUGCGCCGCCGCUGCCGGCGCCGGGAGACGAGGAAGCGGGCGACGCGGAGGGCGCCGGGGCCGGCGACGGCGACGGUGCGCAAGCGGGGGACGGUGCGGAGAAGCUGCAGGCUGAUCUGGAGUUCAGCGACGACGACGAGGACUUCGGGCCGCUCAGCGCUGUUGACCAGCAUCUGCGCCGACAGUUCCUGAACCGCGCCCGGCUCGACAUGGAGAAGCAGGCGGAGCAGGCGAUCCUCGCGCGGCGCAAGGGCGCGGGCGGCAGCGACCGGGGGGGCCAGGACCGCGCGAGGGGGGGCUCUGCGGCGGCGAAUGGCAAUGCAGCUAGGGAGGGUGCUGCUGCUGCGAAUGGAACGAAUCGAGCGAAGAAGAAGAAGGGCGGCCGGCCAGACAAGGCUGAAGUUGACGCAAUCGUUGCCUCGGGCAAGGCGCGGGAGGUCCUGCCCGGCGAGCUGUCUUCGGACCGCUCCGAUGACGACCUGCGGGAGGAGCUGAGCGACUUCGACGACGAUGAGGCCGCGAUGGUGAUUCACACCGACGAGGAGGCCGCGGCGAAGCGGGCGCUGUGGGAGGAACUCAACCGCGACUGGCUCGAACACCAGGCGAAGAAGAAGGCCGCCGCCGCCGAAGCGGAGGCCAAGGCGGCUGCCGAGGCCGCUGCUGCCGCAAGCCAGAAGCGAGGCCGAGGUCGGCCCAAGGGAUCCAAGUCGCGGCCGAAGCCGGACGACCUGCCCCCAGCUGAAGAUGCUGCCAUGGCGGCCAGGAGCGCGCUGGAGUACCACAAGGCGUCGUCGAAGAUCAACUACGAGGCGCUGGACGAGCUGUUCGGGGACGACGACGCGGACCAGCAGACGGCGCCGGCCGGCAAGGACGCGCCGGCGCUUGGCGAGACGUUGCCGCACGAGCCGGAUCCGGGGGCGGGGGCGGGCGGGGAGGACCUGGGUGCCACACAGGCACACACCACUGAGAAGCAGUCGCAGCCGACGCGGGGCGCGCUGGGGACGCUCGCGAGCCGCGGCACGCUGCCGACGUCCCUCGGGCCCGGAAUGUCAGGCUUGCAACGGAGCCUGGGUGGCCUCGGCGGGAUCGGCGGCCUCGGUCGGCCGGGCAAGCGGCCUGGAACGAUGCGGUUCGGGGGCCCGUCGUCUGGGCCGGGCAACAAGCGGCUGCGGAUGGAGGAGCCCGACUGA